GCGUUUGUAGACAUUAUACACGAGGGAAUCAGCUGCCAAUUUUAUCUCCUAUAGGCUUCAGAGUUGAAAGGGAGAAAUAGAAGCAAUAAUGCAGCCUUAUUCUGAGUCGUGGUUUGCUAUGGCUAUGCCCGUAACCAUAACCAUAACCAUAACCCUUCUGGCUACGUUGUUCCUUUCCGUAUCCGUGUCUGUGUCCGUGUCUGUUCCUUUGAAUGACAAAAUUGAGAAGUUGCCUGACCAACCAGCUGAGGCGGAUUUCCAACAAUUCGGCGGAUACAUCACAAUUGAUGAGAAGCAAGGAAGAGCUUUGUUCUAUUACUUUGUUGAAGCACGAGCUCCGGCCGCUUCUUCCAAGCCUCUCGUCUUGUGGCUCAAUGGAGGUCCUGGGUGUUCGUCGCUUGGAGCAGGAGCUUUCGUAGAGCAUGGUCCCUUUAAAGUUAAUGGACAAACUCUUGUCAACAAUCACUACAGUUGGAACACAGAAGCAAACAUAUUAUAUUUGGAGUCACCAGCAGGAGUUGGUUUCUCGUAUUCUGCCAACACAUCUUUCUACUCCAAAAUCGACGAUGCUAUAACAGCACGAGACAAUCUCUUAUUUCUCCAGAAUUGGUUCGAAAAAUUUCCAGAAUACAGGAACAAAGAUUUUUACGUUACUGGAGAGAGUUACGGAGGCCACUAUGUUCCACAAUUGGCGCAGCUCAUUAUUAAGUCUAAAGUGAAUAUCAAACUGAAGGGGAUAGCAAUAGGAAAUCCUCUUCUAGACUUGGGCAAGGACUUCAACGCGAGGGAUGAAUAUUUGUGGUCACACGGCGUCGUUUCAGACUCGGCUUAUAAGCUUCUCACUUCAGUGUGCAACAGUUCACGACUUGUAGUAGAGGCCAUCCAAGGCACCCUUUCUUCGGAUUGCCAAUUCGUUGUCUCCAAGGUUUCCAAAGAGCUUUCUAACUUCAUAGACUAUUACAAUGUCAUCGGUGAUGUUUGUCCCUUCACCGACAAAUCACAGGCCACAAUUCUGAUUCAUCCACUCACCUCAUUGUUCUAUACCUCGUCAUCCACUCGUCACCAAACAACCGCUCAAAGUCACCUGCAGGAAACAAAUGGUGGCAAUAGUAGAGAUGCGUGUUCACAAGAAAAUACAGCAAAAUAUUUAAAUAGAAAAGAUGUGCAGCAUGCCCUCCACGCCCAACUCAUUGGAAUUACUGAAUGGAGCUUGUGCAACAACAAUUUAGAUUGGUAUUAUGAUCAAAAGAACAAGUUUAUACCAAUGCUUGAUGUCGUUGGCUCACUUGUGAAGUCUCAAAUCCGAGUCUUGGUUUACAGCGGUGAUCAAGAUUCAGUCAUCCCAUUUAUGGGGACUCGAACCUUGGUGAGUUCAUUAGCGAAGGCUUUGGGUCUAGAUACAACUGUAUCCUACAGAGCUUGGCUCGUGGAUAACCAGGUUGGUGGCUGGACUCAAGUGUAUGGUAACUUUCUAUCUUUUGCAACCAUAAGGGGUGCUUCCCACUUAGCUCCAGAAACUCAACCCAAGAGAUCUUUGGUGCUUUUCAAAGCAUUUUUAGAAGGAAAACCACUGCAAGGAGUGUGAUCCUUUUGUAAUAUUGAUGAAUGUAAUAUCACCCAAAAACAAUCAUAAAAAAUAAAACAAGAAGAAAUAGAAUAGACAUAAAAGAAAAGUAUUAUCUAGAUGAAAGUCUAGUUGUGUUAUUGUUUAUUCAAAAUAAUGGGAGAAACUGAAUGGAUGAUUUGUCAUAACACCAUCACAACGUGGGGUGGCCAAUGUAAUCCGUCCUUAAAGGGUUUCUUCCGAGAAAAGAGGAACCAUCUAUGAGGUGUGAUUAAUCACCUACAAAUAAAAAAAUAGUAUGCAAAUACAGAUUGGAAUA